UAACAAUCAGCUGCAGUUAAAUCUUAGUGAAGAAGACCUCGGCCCCCAGGAAGAGCAUGGCGCGGUAUAUGUGUUGGUUCGGCUCCCUUCGCUGUGGAACCAGGAGGUAACAGCGGUGUCACCGCGGGAUCUAGCCCACAAGCAGUGACGCACUGACGGUUAGAGAGACGCGUAGGGUUGGUCGAGAAUCCAAAACAAUGGACGACAACCCCGCUCGGAGGGAGGCAGCUCGUCCGAGGAGGAGGGCGUCUGCUGCCGCGGAGGUUGGAGGAGCUAACGUAAGCCUGCAAGAUGGCGAGGGACUCGAGGUACUCUCAGCCAGGGAAACUCAAGCUGGUCCGGACAGACCGAGUGCUGCCGGCGGGAGAACCGAGAGGAGGAACUCGGGACCGCAGGUGGUCCACCAGAGACACAUGCCGAUGGAGCCCCUCAAGUUCCAUAUCCCGAGGAAAACCAAGGAAAAGAGAGCGCUGUUCCAGCAUGUCUCCACUGAGUCCAGGGAGUAUGAGGACAUGAUGACCAUCCUGACGUCCAGCUACAUCGACGCCGGCUCUGCUGGCUGCUUCACCUACUGCAAACCUCGGCUCGUCCACAGCGAGCUGCUGGAGAAAGAGUUUGUGGAGAAGAGGAAGGAGAUGAAGGCAGAUGGGAGGACAGACAAAGAGCUUGAGGAGAGCUACUGUUUCUUGUUGGCUGAUUCUGUUAAGCUGCCCUGUGUCUGUGAGAAGGGGCUGCUUGUGGGUCAGAGCUGGAUCACACUGCUGGGACACCCUAGUAAAGGAGUGUAUCUGUCCAGGUACUCAGACCUACUUCAGAUUAACCCCUUAAAUGUUGGAGCCACGGGGGAGGUAAUCAUCUUCAAAGUGAUGAAGGGGAAAGUGAAGAGCAUAUAUGAGAACAUGAAGAACGUUCUGGAUCCAACGCCUCGCUUUGACAGCCACAUCUCCAAGAAUGCCAGCAAAGUCACAUCGCUCGCAUCCUACCGCUCCUUCGAACUCACACAGCAAUACUUCUACGAGUAUUCCUUCGACGAGCUGCUGCAGCGCCCUCGCCAGGUGUGUCCGUACGCCGUCGUCUCCUUCCAGUUCAAAGGAAAAGACUCUUCACUCCCCAGCAAGCCUCUGACCCCCAUCAGGUUGAACAGUCAGUCAGCAGAGGGGAGUAAAGAGCGGGCUCAGUUCACAGUGUGGACUGGAGAUUUGGUGAAAGGGGAUCAGGUUCUCUUCCAGAUCGCCCUUCGCUCCUUCUCUCCUCCCUUCUUGCCCCACAGACUACCAGAGAAGUUGGAAAUCGGUUGGUUGAUGAAGCUCGACCAGGUGACCACGCUCCUGCCCUCCGACCUGCUCUCGUACAACCUCUACACCAGUAGCCAAGAAGUUGUGAAAAAUGGCCAUUGCAGCAGUCUUCUGGAGGUGACUGACAGAAGUCGGUCUACGACCAGCGUGACGAGACUGCUGCAGGAACUGGAGAUCAACAGAGUGGUUUUGGUGACUCAACUUACAGACAGAGGCUUCCUCUUCCUGAUAUCCAGUGUUCAGAUGGCUACUCCCUCUGAGAGAGGAGAGAGCUGGAAGAGGUGUCUUCAGGCCUUGUUCGUAUUCCCAGAGUCCAGAGAUGUGUCCACAUUAAGGUGUGCCUCCUCCUCCCAUGAUGCCUCGGAGUCGUUGAUGUCUGGCGGCAUGGUGAUGCCGCGGCUGAACCAGUUUAUCCCAGUGCUGCACCACGCCCUGGUCAAGGCCCGCGCCAACCCCCCUCCUGAGCUGUCUGCCGGGGUGGAGCGCCUGGCACGGGAUUACCUCGCCAGCCUGAACGACGGCAUUAUUCGACAGUACCCCAUGAGCGAGUACGAUUCCAAACUGGAUGAGCGAGGAAAGCUGUUUCCUGCUCCCAAACACCACCGGGUGAACAUGGACGGCUAUCUGCGCUCCUACCUGUACAACCCAGCCCUCUACCUGCUUUCAGUGGCCCGGGCCAGGCAGAUGGUGGAGGCACAGUGUGGCCCCGAGGAGCUGCAGGACGUGAGGCUCAGGAAGGGCUGGGGAGGCCAGAGGGAGGCAACAGGGAAGGAGGCGACCAGCAACGCUAGAGACAAACAGGCCAACACUCAAAAGAUGCAGCAGCUGGUAGACCUAGUUUUGACCUGUAAGAGGAAUGCAGAGAAUGAGGUGAGGAGGGAGGAAGGAGGAGGAGGGGUCAAGGUACCAGGGAGGAAGAGGAAAAUGGAACAGGAGACCGCAGAGAGGGCACUUAAGUUCCUGAAGGCAUCACAGGAUCCCGGAAGACACGGCAAGAUUCCAGUUGAAGGAAGCCAAGUCCCUGGCUCUCCUGGAUCUCUUGCGUCUGUCAUUGGCUCAGUGGGUUUGAAGGACUUUGAUCUGAGGGAAGAUGGAUCUGAACUAGCUGCUAGUCUUCUCAGUUUACUAACAGGCCUCGCCCAGGAUGCCAGGGGAACGGCCAAUCAAAGUGCUAGUGAAGUGCAAGAGGAGGGGCAGAGGGAAUCCUGUCCAUUUGAUAAGUUGGCCACCAAGCUUGGUUUGCCCACCAACUGUGACAUUGACCUGAGGAAGCAGGACGAGCUGGAGACGGCGGGCAGCAUCAGUAGUUCGGAGGGAUUCAGUCCCAGCUCCCACAGCGGGGAGAUGAGUCGCCACGGAGCAGCAGGUAGAGAGGAGGAGGAGGAGGAGGAGGCCAAACGAGGAGAGCAGCAGGUUACGAAGAGGACGACGACGUGGGGGAGAUCCCUUGGGUUCUCAUCCCCAUUACAGGUCUUGCAGGUGUGUGUUCACAGAGGUACACCCAGAGAGACAGAAACAUCCCCCAGGACCCUCGCUUCCAGCACCUCACCACAGCAACGAGCAUCACCACAGCAACCAAACCUCGCAGGAAGAGCCCCACCCCAUCUCCUGAGCAAAGCAUUCCUCCUUCCCCCCUCCAGUGCCCAUCCCCUGAGCCCAGCCCUCCUCACUCCCCCUCCCAAUGCCCCUCACCCGACCCCAGCCCUCCCCAGUCACCCUCCCAAUGUCCAUCUCCAGAGCCCAGCCCACCCCCUUCCCCGUCACAGUGCCCGUCCCCAGUGCCCAGCCCUGCCCCUUCCCAUUCCUUAUGCUUGGACUCUCAACUUGGUCGUUACCACUCACCCUCCUGGUGCCAGUACACAGAGCCUAAUGAGCUCAGCAUGUUUAACAAGGAGCAGAGUGGUGUUAACGAGGAGCAGUUAGCCGCCACAGCCUCCAGGGAGUUUGCAGGGGUGUUCAAGGACAGAGAAGAGAAACCUCAGGUGGAAGAAAAGAAGAAUGAAGAGCCAUCCAUGUCUGCAUUGUUCCAGCCAUCUGUCCCUCCAGCUCCAGAGAGGAGGACGAACCUCUCACCACAACCAGCUGAGCGCGAGAAGGAACAUGCAAAGGGGAAGGUGAAUGAGGUUCAGGCUAAAGUUUUAGAGGAGGGAAAAGAAUCUCAGCUAGUUGAGAGAGUGCAAAAGCAAGAACA